AUCACCAUCAACAUAAGAAGGGCAACCAAUGCCCAUGCGCGCUCUGCAGAGGACGUUGUUAUCCUCUUUUACCCAUUCACGCAAACAUUCCUUAAUAUCUAGGAGUGGAUUUAUCCUUCACACAUCCUGCAGGAGAAGAUGUCCUCCUCUGUCAUGUUCACUGCCCUUUAUGCCCUUCCUCUCGCUUUGGGUUGGGUCGUACUGGGUGAAAGAGAAGAAGGACAAAGGCUAUGUGCGGGGAAGGAAUUUCGUCUGCCUGUCUACUCUACAUCCAGAAUAGUGACUUUUACACCAAACUCAGAGGCAGAGAGACGCACCUUGCUGGAAAAAACCACGGUGAGGGACCCACGGUUUGAGUGGACCAGAGAUAAGAUGUUGGUCCUGAAAGAAGUGACUCAUGAUGACCAGGGACUUUAUUCUAUCAAACUGUCGUCAGGAUUCACCUACGAGACUGUUCGCUUGACUGUUUCAGAAUGCAUUAAAUCUUACUACAGAAACUAUGGAGAGAAAUUUGAAUACAGCAUCCCUGAAAAUGGCUCCUUACUGGAGUUUUUACCCCGUGGUGCUCCACCUGAGGCCAUGCCUGUUGUGCUGUGGAACAAGACAGAUCCUGUGACCAGCAAUGUGGGCCGAGGACGGCUGCUCCGGGGCGGAAAGGUCUGGGUUGCUGAGAGAGUGACACAAGCGGACCAAGGCAACUACACUAUCAGAGACGACAGGGGCAAAGCCAUGUCCCGCAGCACCCUCACUGUGCGGGGGCACUCCUUCAAUGUAACUUGUUUCCCCAAGGAGUCUCUAAACCUGCCCCUCUUUGUUCCUGUCCCUCAUGCCCAUCUCAUUUUCACCCCCACCCGAUAUCCUGACGAAUCCUCCCUGGGCCCCUUUGACCCAAAGCCUCCCCGAGGCCCUGUGCAGCUGAUCCGUGAGGGCCACAUAACAGACUACGACAUCCGCUACAGGGGCCUCAUCUCUCUGGGCAGAAACGGCAGCAUCAAUGAGGUCGUCAUAGCGAGGCUGACCUCAAGGCAUGAUGGGAUCUACGAAAUCAGAGACGAGAAUGGCAAUUUGGUUUCCUCCACCUCGUUGCAGGUGAUUGAAAAAGGAAGCAGAUGGCGAGCUCUUCUCAAGUCUAUCACUGUCCCUUCUGGCAUGUUUGUGUCACUGGCUGGUUUCAUCCUCUUCAUGAAGAGAUAUCCAAGCUGUAGCCUCUCGCAUUUCAUCGCUGGGCUCAGGUCAAAUCGCCCGCCAGCAAACAACCCCCCAAGGGUCAACAUCCAGGAUUACAGCCAGCCGAGCCCUCAGCCCUCAGGCUUCUACGGUCCUUCCCAGCAUCCUGGAACACCAAGAAAGUGGACCCCGAGAGCCAGUCCUGCUCACACGGUUUACAGCCCUGUUGCGGGAGAAAGUCCACAAUCUCAGAACCAGGAAGCAAACAGAUUGACACCAAGGAGCUCCCCUUGUCAUAACACAGCUACAGAGCAGGACACAUCCAAUGAGGAAGAGAGAAGGAUUUCCUUUUCAGUGCCCGGAGCUUCAGACUGCCUCCACUCCUCUGAGGACUGUGCUCAAUUCCAGAUCAAAAAAGAUGGAAACAAAGAAAGAUGGAGCAAGUCACAGGAAUACUUCUCCACACUGCCCCUAGACACAGACACAUCUGAAUCUUGCAGUGUUUACACUUCUGAGAAACUGAACUUCUUAUAAAAAGAAGAAAUGGAGACGAACCAAGAAAAAAAGACAGAUAAGAAGAUGAGAAACUACAAAGACGAUUCUCCGGUUGGAUGACAUUGAUAUGGAAAAGGAAGACCUUGCUUGUGCCUUUUGCAUCUUGGCCUAGAUUUACUGGUUUGGUACCAAUAUUGCAUGCCAUCUUAGCAUUUGCCUUUCUGUCUCAUGUUACAUCAUUCUUGACACUGCUGACGGUGCUCCUGAAAUUUCCUGCUGUUUCCUACCUCCAGACCCUCAGGACCAAUAUUAUAUCUGCACUGUAUUUACUGAGUAUGUGUACGUUGGUGUGAAUAAUGUGAUCUCUAGGGCUACAUAGAAAUCCGAGUUAUCAUACAGACAUGUGCAAAAGGGAAUUUUUACUGUACAGUUACAGAGUUGUAUUUCUCCAUCCACCAUGACAACCAUUCCUCACUGAAACAAUGCUUGGUUAUAACGUCUAUGUUUGUACUGCAGUUUCAUGAGUUUUGCAAAGAAACAGUGAAUUAUCCCCUCAAGCUAAUCCUAGUACUAGAACCAGUUAUAUAAAGUGUUACAUAUUCCACCAAAUACUGCAAUAGCCUAUUAUUCACUGAACUUUGUGUACAGGAUGAUAGGAUGACGACCAACUAUUCUAGUGAAAAAAAGAGGUUCAACUGCUUCUUGUGAUAUUUUUGGAUUAGCAAUAUGUGUUUGUUCUAAUAAUAAAAUGUAUCUUUAACACAAA